AAUUAGUGCUGAGUUGGCACAGUCCUACUUCCGUACAUCCGUACUUACUUACUAAUUGUGCGAGUUAAUACCUGUGUCGUUUAGGUUAUUUGUAAAUAAGUGUUUUGAAGACGCUGCACAGAACUUUCCUCAGCUUGUGUACAGAAUCCCAGGCCUAGUUUGCGAGAAAGCGCAGGCAAGAAGAACAAACCCACAAAGAGCAGGGGUUUGCACCGGCCUACAACAUCUCCAAAGUGCACGUUUUUUUUCAGAUGUCUUCCGCCUUCUGCAGCUUUUGCAUCCUUGUGCUCUGUUUUUGAUGAAGUGAAGCACAGAGACGAUGAGGAAAGAUUUUUGUCUUCAAUAACAGCACAAAAGACACAUCACUGCUUCAAAAUUAAGAUCCAACAUUCAAAAUGAAGACAAUCGUGUGGUUUGGGUUUGUGCUGGGUGCACUCUCUGCUGCAGGCGAAGUGAUCCGCACUUCACCAGGGCAGAAAGCCAUCAUCAAGUGUGGGGCCAGCAGCUACACUAACUACCUGAAGUGGACCCAUGGAAAUAACCUGAUAACUAAUGUUCCUGUGAAGGGCUUCACUACCAAAGCUUCAGGGAGUGGUGGAACUGCGGUAAGGUCACAGGUGAAGGGAACGAUGCUGGUUAUCUCUCCAGUGAAGGAAGAAGAUGCCGGAAAGUUCAGUUGCGUGGCAGAUGGGAAUCGUCAAGAUCACACACUUCUUGUGGUCUCAGUCUCGGCCAGCCCCUCUGCUGAGCUCCAGCCGAGCAGUAAGGCUACGCUCGAGUGUCAGGUAAAAGGUCUGAACCAAGGCCAUACAGUGCAGUGGAACAGGCCAGAUGGAAGUUCACACUCAGGGUCAUCGACUGUUGAACUCAACCCUGUAACCCUCUCUGAUAAUGGGACCUGGCAGUGUACGUUCUCCCAUGACGGGGUGACGUUCCACGAGGACCUAGUCAUCAAAGUUCAAGAACCUGCUCCUGAAACAGCUCCACCAUCCCCUUCCCAAAGCCCAGGGGGCAACCAAAAGCCAACCUGCCCCAACUGCGUUACUAAGCCUCCGCCCACUGCUCUGCUGCUGGGGCUCAGCUGGUGGAUGUGGACCGCAGUUGGAACAGGCGGCCUGGUCGUGCUUCUCCUGAUAGUCUUUGUCAUUGUCUUGUGCAAGAGGAACAAAAGAAGGAAGAAAAGAAUUCUAAAGAUGAAGAAUAGCCGGCAGCCACUGAUGCCCAAGAACUACUGCCAGUGUGACCGCCCAGCAGCUGCAGCAAAACCUCAGCAAGGACGCCGGAGAGAGAAGCCAUCAGCUACCCCUCUGCCACCCCUGCUAAUGCAGUGACAUGAAAGACAGAUCGAAGAAAGGAAAGAUAGACAGAAAGAGAGGAAGGGAAAGAGAGGAAUAGAUAAAAGAUGAGUGAAAGAGAACCCCAGUGUGAAUAUGGCAUGAAUGUAAAAUGGGCUUUUGAAUGCUCGAGAUGAAAAUAAAAAUCAAAUGUAAUGAUGUGGGCACUUUGAGCUUUUCCAUCAAAUAUAGCCAGUGAACUGAAUGCAAAUGGGCUCCUCCACUGCAAGAGAGAACAGCAACAGUCUGUACUUAUUUUUGACAUUCAUGCAUCAUAUUAGCAUGUUAAGAAUAUGCUUGAAUACAGCGUUAAUGUGCUUUCCAUAGUAAAUUUCAUAUAUUUUUUUUCUUGUGUUUCUGUGUAUUUGAUAGAUGUGUAUACUUUGUCUUUAUUUCUGUAGGUUGUAAAUGAAAAGAUAAGAAUACUGUGUUGAAGUUUUGUUUCUUUUUUUUCAUCAAACAAUAAACUAUAAUGAUACUCAACUACA